CACAUACUGUAUACACACACUCACACACUCCCUCCUCUCUUCCACCCUAUUCCCAGUAGGGUGUUCCAGCAGCAGCAAGCCAGGAUUGCAGGAAGCAGGAGUAACACGGCUGAGUGGUUUACAGGCUACAGCCCUCCUCUCUCCAGACUCAUCCUGCUACGCCGAGAGGAGAGACUAACGCUACUGCUGCUCUUUCAUAGUAUUCUUUGCCUUUUCCUGAUCGUUUUUUCCCUUUUUUUCUAUAAUUCCACGUAAUUUUAUGUCUGCUACUUGAAGAGCAAGACUAAGUAGUAUUUUUUGAUUAUAUAUAUAUAUAUUUUUUUUUUAAAUGGUAAUGAAGGUGGCAGAACUGGGAGUCUUUUAAAGCACGUGGAGAAAGGCUUAAAGGCAUAUGCUUGAGCUAUGGGGAAGUCCAACAGCAAACUAAAGCCUGAAAUGGUGGAGGAGCUGACCAGGAAAACCUACUUCACAGAAAAAGAGGUACAACAAUGGUAUAAGGGUUUUAUUAAGGACUGUCCUAGUGGUCAGUUGGAUUCAGCUGGCUUCCAGAAGAUCUACAAGCAAUUCUUCCCCUUCGGUGACCCCACCAAGUUCGCCAGCUUCGUUUUCAAUGUGUUUGACGAGAACAAGGAUGGACGUAUUGAGUUUGCCGAGUUCAUCCAGGCCCUGUCGGUCACCUCCAGAGGGACCCUGGACGAGAAGCUCAGAUGGGCCUUCAAACUUUACGACCUGGAUAACGACGGUUACAUAACUCGGGACGAGAUGCUGAAUAUUGUGGAUGCCAUUUACCAGAUGGUGCCGCGCGUACAGGGGACCACGGGGAACACGGUGGAAUUGCCUGAGGAAGAAAACACACCAGAGAAAAGAGUGGACCGAAUCUUUGCCAUGAUGGACAAGAACGCAGAUGGAUUAUUGACCCUGAAGGAAUUCCAGGAGGGCUCCAAAGCAGACCCGUCCAUCGUCCAGGCUCUAUCGCUGUACGACGGGCUGGUUUAGCAUUGUCCGUGAUGGCCUGUUAACGUGGUGUUACCCUGCUAAGUGAGUGAUGGAGUCUGCUACCUGUCUCGUCCUCUGACUCCUGCUCAGCCUUUUAGUGAAGCUGACAAUGGUGGGCCGCUGCUGUCAAUCAUUCAUCAUCAUCAUGGUUUCCAGGAUUAGAGUCAAUUCAACAACCAUAAACUCGUUUGCCUUCGCAGAAGCUAGUGCCGUCGAUGUGCUUACAAGACAUUUCUCUGAGAGACAGAAGGAAGUUAGGUACUUUUCUGUGGGAGGAAGAAGGGCCAGGGUUCAUUAGGCACCAAACAGGAAAAGUAGACAAACAGGGCGGGACUACCUGGACUUUGUCCAAUAAGAAAUGUUCAUUUUGUUGCGAAACAUCUUUUUAAAAAUUCCAUUGCAAAGCCUAAUGAACAUUGAACAACAUGGGACUGAACACAGGCUACUAGUCUACGGACCAUGGAUCUAAGCAGUUACCAUCUUUAUAUAUUUAUGUUCUGUGAUACAGAGCAUCAGUUUAAUAUGCUGCAGCCAACGACAAGAAACUGCUAAUGACACGCUGACUGUCUUUUAGAACGCUUGGGAAAGUCAACCUUAUUUAUUUAAUUGGAUUUAAAUAACAGCAGCUCAUGUUUGACAUCAGCAUGAAUUAAUAUUGAUUCUGUGUUCCUGCCACACAAAGCUUUAAUUGUUGAAGUACGUUUUUGAUUUCAACACCAACUAAAAACUGCCAAGCGAACAGGGCCCAAUUACAGAUGCUGUAUGAGUUUGAGCCAACUAUUACAUAGAGAUGCAUAGAAAUUAAAUGCUGAGCAGUUGCUUGUCUAUGAGCAGUCCUAGAGGCUUACACUACUGAAUUGCGGACACUAUAAUCAGUGUAUUCUCUCAAAUUCCCAUCAUAACUGAACCGUUGUGCGGUCAUGCGACAUACAAUAUACAUUUAUGAGAUGGAAAAGGGUGGAACGACACGGAUUGUGGAUCAUUUGAAACUUGAUUGAAAUCUUGAACGCUAGGUCAACAAGUACGAUGCAAAAUAAGUGUUCAAAUAGAUGUCUUUGCAAAUGACUUCAAAUGCAUGUUAGACGCAUUAUGUUUGUGUGUAAAUACUAAGGUGACUAUAUGCACUGUCGCCAUAAUCGUCAGGUUGGUUAUUUUAAGUCAGUACCCUGAUAUGUAAAACAUCCUCGGUGGUAGAAAAGCAUUGUGCGACCCUUUUUACUUAUCACUCCAUUGAUCCAGACAAUGUACCGACAAUGAACAUUUCACAACAAAGAAAAUGAUUUCCCUCCCUCUAUAAUGGGUGUUGUUCAUCACUAUAUGGUAAUGACUGGGGCACAAUUUGCUUGUCAUUCCAUCGCUACUGCUUCAGUGAAAUAGAUUUUCCUUUGAUUUGUUUUAUACUGUGCACAAACUGUUCUCUCAUAAAUAUCAAUUGAAUAGGUGUUUUUAAGAGUUUGAGAGAAGUUGCAACUGCUGUAGUCGAGGGAAUGGUGAGAGAAGUUGCAACUGCUGUAGUCGAGGGAAUGGUGAGAGAAGUGUUUAAAUUAGCUGUAUAAAAAGUAAUCUUACCUGUACAUAGAUAAACCUGUUGGCAAAUUUAAGGUCUUUUGAUUGGCCUUGUAUGUUGAUAUCCUCAAAUUGCAGAUUUCAUUCAGUAUUUUUCACCAUGAUGCAUCAGGAGUGACCCAAUGUACAGUAUGUGGCAUGCUGUGUGAUUAGAAACAAGCUGCAAGUCAUGUAGGCUCAAUCAGUAUGAAUUUUAGUUUAUCGCUGUUGACAAAUUUUGUCAUAUGAUCAUAUGACAAACCCUAUGACAAACCCUGUCUAAUCAUAUGAUAUGAUUAGACAGGGUUUGUCAAAUUGCCUUGGUAUCAAACCAAUUCUCACAGCAUUUAAGGACACUAUACUGUAAAUAAUAUAAACUGUUAACCUCACAGUAUACAUAAAAGUGCUCAUUGUUGACAAGACUAUGAACAGCCUAUUGUUAAUAUUGAAAGUGAAAACAUUGACUGACCAUCCCAAAUCCAAAUGGCAUACAAAUGUAAAUGUCAGUUGGUCUCCUUACUCAGUACAUGACAGAGGUAGUUGUUUUUGUCUUCAGUGCUUUUGAAAUAAAAGAGCUGCUUUCCUUCA